CGUCGAGACAGGCGCAUCCACCGUCGACCAUCCAUCCACGAGACCACCGCAGCCAGACGCCCGUGAAACGCUCAACAGCCCCACGCCCCGCCCUCCGCCGCGCACACGCAACCCACGCAACCCACGCUGGCGCACCCACACCCCCGACAGGCCCUCAGCAUGGUCGAGAAGCGCCCCCAUCCCGAAGGCCAGGGCCCCAACGGCGACGCCAAACGCGCAAAGGGCUCCGACGCCAUCGCCGCCGCCCGCGCAAAGGCCCAGGAGAUCGCUGCCCGCUUCGCUGCGAAGAAGGCCGCUGCCAAUGGCGCCCCUGCCACGCCCGCGCCGCCUGCUGCUGCCGCUGCUGCUGCUGCACCCAGCGACGCGUCCGCCAGGCUCGCCGCGCUGAAGGCGAGGAUGGACGCCAUGAAGAGCGCCAAGGAGGAGCCCAAGCCCGCGACGCCUGAGCCUGCGAGGAACCCCUUUGCGACGACGCUCGGUAACCAGCGUGUGCCCACGUCCAAGGUCGAUGCAAAGCCCCGGGCCGCUGCCCCCAAGCCGGCUCAGGCACAGGGCGUCGAGGACGAGAACCCCUACUUCGACGCGAAGAACUUUGGCACGGGUCGCGAGCGCGCAUCCCGCAGCCUGAUGUUCAACGAGCACGGAAAAUACCUCGACCAGGCCUCGAAGCUGCGAGCCCAGACCCGUCUCGAGCAGAUCAAGAAGAAGCUCGCCCAGCAAGCCCGUCGCGCCGGUCUGGACGAGAACAGCGAGCGAGGCUUCAUGGUCCAGGCCCCGCCAGACAUCGAGUGGUGGGACGAGGGCAUCCUGCCGGAGAAGAACUACGACUGCAUCGACGACCCCACCAAGGUCAAGAUCGACAGCGACGACUCCAUCAUCACAUUCUACGUCCAGCACCCGCCCUUGCUCAAGGCGCCGCAGGACCAGCGCCUGGUCGAGAUCAAGCCCAUGUACCUCACAAAGAAGGAGCAGGAGAAGCUGCGGAGGAUGCGUCGUGCUGCAGACCUGAAAGAGCACCAGGCCAAGAUCCGUCUCGGACUGGAGCCCCCUCCACCACCCAAGGUCAAGCGUGGAAACAUGAUGCGCGUCAUGGGCGAACAAGCCAUCGCAGAUCCCACCGCUGUCGAAAUGCUCGUCGAGUCACAGAUUGCAGAGCGACACGAAAACCACAUCGCCGCGAACGAGGACCGCAAACUAACAAAGGAGCAACAACACGCCAAACUCGCCACACAACAAGAAAAGGAUGCGCAAAAGGGCCUCUACCUCUGCGUCUUCAAGAUCAACACCCUAGCCUACAGCAAACACCGCUACCAAAUCGACCAAAACGGCAAGCAAUAUGCGCUCAACGGCGUCACAAUCUUUAAUCCCGACAUGAAUCUCGUCGUCGUCGAGGGCGGCCGCUUCUCCAUCAGCAAGUUCAAGAAGCUCAUGCUGCAGCGAAUCAAAUGGCAGGAAAACGCACCCCCAACGGAUACCCAGGCAGAGAAACACGCGUCAGACCCCCAGUGGCUGAAGUCUAUGGACGACAAGGGCAAUCUGAAGGAUCUCUCUGAGAACAAGUGCACGCUCGUCUUUGAAGGCGAAGUCAAACAGCACCUGUUUUUCAAGUGGGGAUCGAGAAUGUGCGAGACGGCUGGCGAGGCGCGGGAGGUGCUCGCCAGGACCAAGCUCGACAGCUUAUGGGCGCUUGCUAAGAGCAUGGAGUAGGCUCGAAUAGGAGACUGGAUGUCUCUUGUUUCGCGAAGAUCUUGACACAAAAUGGCGCAAAACAGCGGUGUUUGCUGGACUGCUUUCUGGGAUGGGCUCUGCUUCGGACGUUAGAUGUAAGUUUACUCGAUCUUCAUAGGAUGGGAAUACAUGUAUUAAUGCA